GCUUACAUCGAAAUUGCUUCUGAGGCACGGUUUGGAGUCUUUCUUUCCCUGCAGCCCGUCGGUGUUUUGUCCUUUCUGGAGCUUGAGCCCCUGAAGCAGCAUCAGCAGCCCAAGUUACUUUAAUCAAUUGUGAAAUACAAGAUGCUUUAUCCGUCUGUCAUAUCCAUUCAAACAUCACAUGAAGUUGUCGCAGCAAUAUGAACGAGUACUUGAGACAUCCUUCUUGAAUCUCCAUGGCCUGAACCUCCGCUGUUUCAACUGCUGAUCAAUGCCUGGUGUCUAAUAGCUGGCCUUUUUGAAAAACUGCUAUUUUCCAACCACUGCGUUGUCUUCACUUUUUAACGGGAUGAGCCUCGUCAUACGUAAUCUGCAGAGAGCCAUCCCUAUCAGGAGAGUUCUGCUUCGCAAGAGAGUAGACCAGACCCGUCACAUUUUGGGGGUGCAGCAGUUUGAUCUUGCUGUCAUUUGUGUCAGUAAUCAACACAUUCAGCAACUCAACAGAACCUACAGAUGCAAGAAUAUCCCCACGGAUGUGUUAUCGUUCCCUUUUCAUGAGAAUCUGAAGGCUGGAGAGCUGCCACGGGCUUGUUCUCGAGAUGAAUUCAACUUGGGAGACAUUUUUCUAGGUGUUGAAUAUAUCUAUCGGCAGUGUGAGGAGAAUAAGGAAGAUUACAACAGUGUUCUUACAGUGACUGUUGCUCACGGCUUGUGCCACUUACUUGGAUAUAAACACAGCACAGAAGCAGAGUGGCAGCAGAUGUAUGAAAGAGAAACGCAAAUUCUCCAGGAGAUAAACAGGCUGUCCGGCACAAACCUGCAACCUCUGACCAAAAAUCUUUUCUAGAGUAGUUAUAGUACUUGUUAUUUGUAAAUAAAAAAGUGUAGUGGCUUUAAAAGAAUUCACUACGUACUCCGUUUGGAUAGUAAUACAUUUUCAAUCUUGAAUGUACUGUUGUGGCGGUUCUCAAAUUUCGCACUUCUGAACUUGCUCUACUUUUCAGGAGUCACUUACAAAAUAACCUGUACUUUUCCUC